CACCUCUAUUGCAUGCCUUUUGUUCAUUUCCUCCUCACACUUGUUCUCUUCCUCCUUCUUUCCUUUCCUUCCUAGCUAUCCCCAAAACAAGAACCAAGUCCCCAAAAACGCAUCACAUAUAGAUAAAGACGCACAGAUUAUUAUUAUUAUUACCCAAAAACCCAAAAGUGCUAAUCGACACCGAAGAAGAAAGAGGCUUUAUAUAAAGAGAGAAACGCUUGCUUCAUUGCAAGCCUUUUUUUUUCUCUCUGUAUUUUAAUGGCCGUUCAAGCUCGCCACCUCAAUCUCUUCCCCUCUCAACAACUCCUCUGCAACAACAGUGAAAUCAUGAACCCGGUUCAGGGAAACGGGGGCAUGUAUAGUACCCAGAUUGGGUACGGCGUGCCAUUGAUGACCGGCGGCGUGGUGGCGACGGAGGCUCUGCUUCCGUCGUAUAAUACUUCUGUGAUGAACGAUUCGAUGCUUCCGAAAACGACGCCCUGCGCGGCGGCUAUGCAGUCGGACAGUGGACUCACCUACAACGUCCCGAUCAGUACGACUGUCCCAAGAAAGCGCUCCCGGGUCGACUCGAUCAACCCGAACCCGAACCUGUUCUCGUACCCGACUGCUCCGACGAGCCAUCAUUACAAGAACAACAACUCAUUCUCGUUCCUCGGCGAGGACAUUUCAAUGCAAAUCCAGCAGCAGCAGUUCGACAUCGACCGCCUCAUUUCGCAACACAUGGAGAAGGUGAGGUUGGAGAUUGAAGAAAAGCGAAAGAGGCAAGCGAGGAGGAUAAUCGAGUCCGUAGAAAUGGGGAUGAUGAAGCGGCUGAGAGCCAAAGAGGUCGAGAUCGAGAAAAUCGGGAAGAUGAAUUGGGCUCUGGAAGAGAAGGUGAAGUCACUCUGCAUAGAGAAUCAAAUAUGGCGCGACUUGGCCCAGACCAACGAGGCCACCGCUAAUGCUCUCCGGACCAACCUCGAACAAGUCCUGGCCCAGGUGAAAGUCGAGCCCAACAACAACAACAAUCACAACCAAAACGACGCCGUGGCGGCGGCGCUGAUGGACGACGCGCAGUCGUGCUGCGGGAGCAGCGGCGGAAACGACGAGGUAGGGUGGCGGGCGGUGAAGGGGGAGGAAGGGACAAGCGGGUCGGGUACAGCAAGUGGGAGUAGGUGGUGCAGGAAUUGCGGGAAGGAGGAAUCGUGUGUGUUGCUGUUGCCGUGUAGGCAUCUGUGCUUGUGUACGGUCUGUGGGUCAUCCCUCCACACUUGCCCAGUCUGUAAAUCCACCAAGAACGCUAGUGUGCAUGUUAACAUGUCUUAGAAGAAACAAACAAACAACAACAGCAACAAAAAAUUUCACCCGACAAAUUUUAGACAA